AUGACUUUUUGUGGGGGCAGUCUCAUAGCCAAGCAGUGGGUGCUCACAGCUGCUCACUGUUUCAUUUGGAUCCCUGAAGACAUUGAUGGAUUAGCCGUGGACCUAGGAGGCCAUCAACUCAUGAAUCCUUCAAAUAAUUCCAAAAAAGCUACCAUCCGAAAGGUUAUUGCUCAUCCUGACUACGAAGCAAAUGACACUUUGCAUGACAUUGCUUUGGUGGAGCUAGGUGCCCCUGUGACUUUCACCGACUACAUCUUCCCCACGUGCCUCCCAAAGUCUUCUGUGCAGUUCCCUAAGAAUGCCAGCUGCUGGGUCACCGGAUGGGGAAAAACAGAAACUGAUGUUAACCUGGAGCCUCCCCAAAACCUUCAAGAAGUAGAGGUGUCACUCUUCAGCCAAGAUGAAUGCAACACUCUCUACAGUAUUGUGCACAUUGAAGGGCUGUCCCAUCCCGUUAUCACUGCUGGUAUGAUCUGUGCAGGUAACUUGGAAGAGGAAAAAGAUUCCUGUCAGGGUGAUUCUGGAGGACCUUUAGUUUGCAAAUGUGAUGGAAGUGAAAAUUGGCUCUUGACUGGGAUUGUGAGCUGGGGGUUAGGCUGUGGCCUACCCAACUUCCCUGGUGUCUACACUUCAGUAUCAUACUAUGCUGAUUGGAUCCAGCAGCAACUACCCAACAAACCCAUAGAUUGUGUGGCACAAGAGAAGAUGGGAGUGUGUAUCCCUGCCCUCUUUCCUGCCUUCUCUGGCCCCUAUGCUCAAUUGGCUGGCGGCAAGGCCCGACGGGUGAACAGUGAUUUGCUGCUUUGGAACUGA